CUUUUCACUCUACACUACAGGCUUCCGUUUCUGGGAAAUACAGUUGUCUGAACCAAAAGAAAUAAGCAGAAAGCUUAAAAGAAAGAAAAAAACGAAACCGCGUAGUUUGGACUUUGGACUGGGAGCGGUAACUGGAGAGAGAAGACAGGCCAAGGCCAAGCCUUCCAUUAAAAUCUGCGGAACUGCGGAUUCCUAAAUCCUAAAGCUAUUAUCGAAAACGAUGAUUAGGACACUUUUCCUUUUAUAUACUUUCCUAACUCGUUUUCCCAAUUUACACUUCCAAUUCGCUCCGUCAAACCCUAGGCUGAGGUCAAAUUUAUGAGUGCAAAACUUUAGUAUUUAUCUCUUUGCACUUUAAUACAAAGUGACUAUGAUGGAUAACCCAAGAUCAGCCUCUGGUAAUGGUGAGGAUAAUGUUGGGAUUCCUGAUGAUUUGCGAUGCAAGAGGUCAGAUGGGAAACAAUGGAGAUGCACUGCCAUGUCUAUGCCAGAUAAAACAGUGUGUGAGAAGCACUACAUCCAGGCAAAGAAGAGGGCAGCUAAUUCUGCUUUAAGGGCUAGUCUAAAGAAAGCUAAAAGGAAAUCACUGGGUGAAAGUGAUAUAUACUUGGAGAGUAAGAAUGAUGAUUUUGAUACACCACUGAUGAACAUGAAGGUUGAUGACUAUCCUCUGUCAGUCUCCACAAAGAAGUAUAAAGAGAGGGUAUCAAAAAAUCAUGUUCAAUAUUCUCCUGAAACACCCAUAAGGAGUUUGUCUGUACGCGGUUCUCUAAAGCCAAAUGAUGAUUUCCAAAGAGAUGUGGAGUUUGAAGAGAAUUGGAGAUCGUAUAAAACACCAUCCCUUUCUGCAAUGGAUUCAUCCAGGAGUAGAUCACAGAGAAGCUUUGAUGCCAGUGCUAUGACGGAAUACUCUGAUGGAAGCACAGAUUCCUAUGAAGAUGCUGGAGGACAAAUUUGCCAUCAGUGUCGAAGGAAUGAUAGAAACAGAGUAAUUUGGUGUCGCAAAUGUGAUCGAAGGGGCUUUUGUGAUAACUGUAUUUCUGCAUGGUACCCGGACAUUUCAAUGGAAGAAAUUGAGAAGGUUUGUCCUGCAUGUCGUGGCAUCUGUAAUUGCAAGUUGUGCUUACGAGGGGAUAACAUGGUGAAGGUAAGAAUAAAGGAGAUACUUGUCCUGGACAAGUUACAAUAUCUAUACUGUCUAUUAUCUUCAGUGCUUCCUGUAGUUAAGCAGAUCCAUCACGAUCAAUGUUCAGAAGUAGAACUGGAGAAAAAACUUCGUGGAAAUGAUAUAGAUCUUGUCCGAGCCAAAUUGAAUGCAGAUGAGCAGAUGUGCUGCAAUAUAUGUAGGAUACCCAUCAUUGAUUACUAUCGGCAUUGUGCAAAUUGCUCAUAUGAUCUGUGCCUUCAUUGCUGUCAAGAUCUUCGGGAAGCAUCAGUACAUGCUCCAGUAGAAAAUCAGAUGGGUCGUAGAAGUCAAGAAAAAGAAACCAUGCCAAAGGAAGUGAAAGAAUCCAGACUCGGACUUAAUUUAUCUGAUAAAUACCCUGACUGGAAGGCAAACCCCGAUGGCAGCAUCCCAUGCCCGCCAAAGGAGUAUGGUGGAUGUAACUAUUCAUCAUUGAAUUUAAGUCGUAUUUUUAAGAUGAACUGGGUGGCAAAAUUGGUGAAAAAUGUGGAGGAAAUGGUCAGUGGAUGUAAGGUCUGUGAUGUUAGCACUCUGGCAAAUUCUGGAUUAAAAGAUUCCAAGCUCCAUCAGUAUGCUCACAGGGAGGACAGUGAUGAUAAUUUCUUAUAUUGUCCAUCAUGCGAAGAUAUAAAAGCUGAAGGGAUAAAUAAUUUCAGGAAGCACUGGGCUAAGGGUAAGCCUAUUAUUGUGAAGCAGGUAUUUGAUAGCUCGUCAAUCUCAAGGUGGACGCCGAUGAUCAUAUGGAGAGGGAUCCGGGAAACAUCAGAUGAGAAAAUGAAAGAUGAGAACAGAAUUGUGAAAGCUAUAGAUUGUUUAACCUGGUCUGAGGUUGAUAUUGAACUCGAUCAGUUUAUAAAAGGAUACUCAGAGGGACGAAUCCGUGAAGAUGGUUCACUAGAGAUGUUGAAGUUGAAGGAUUGGCCUUCCCCUAGUGCUUCUGAAGAGUUCUUACUAUACCAAAGACCUGAAUUUAUUAGUAAACUGCCUCUACUCGAGUAUAUCCAUUCAAGGUUGGGUCUCCUAAAUGUUGCUGCAAAGUUGCCUCAUUAUUCAUUGCAGAAUGAUGCUGGACCCAAGAUUUAUAUAUCGUAUGGGUCCUAUGAGGAACUUGGUAGAGGUGAUUCAGUGACCAAUCUCCAUUUCAAGAUGCGUGAUAUGGUAUAUCUUUUGGUGCAUACACAUGAAGUUAAACUGAAGGGUUUGGAGGGGAAUGAGCCACCUGACCAAGAGACAGACUUGGAUGAGGGAAGGUUACCUGAUUUAUCUUGUGGCGGCCAUGAUUUACAAAAUAAAAGAAAUGUUGUUGGAGAUGAGGAUGAGAGAAUGGUGGAGGAUGAAGCAAUUGAGAGAAUUGAUGAUCUAGGGGUUGAAACUGACACAAUUCAGGAUAAAAAAUUAAAGAAAGAUGGUGGAUAUAUCUCUGCAGAGACUCAUCCAGGAGUUCACUGGGACAUAUUCCGCCGGCAGGAUGUUUCAAAACUAAUUCUUUAUUUGCAAAAGUACUGCAAGGACUUUGGGAAGUCUGAAAAUAUUGGAAACCACUUUGUGACACAUUCUCUUUGUGAGGGAACAGUUUUCUUGAAUUGCCAUCAAAUUAGAAAUUUGAAGGAAGAAUAUGGAGUGGAGCCAUGGUCGUUUGAGCAGCAUUUGGGGCAAGCUGUCUUUGUCCCUGCUGGAUGCCCUUUCCAAGUGAGGAAUCUUCAGUCCACGGUUCAGCUGGGUCUUGAUUUCUUAUCACCUGAAAGUGUGGGGGAGGCUGCUAGAUUAGCUGAGGAAAUUCGCUGUCUUCCAAAUGACCAUGAAGCGAAAAUUCAAGUUUUGGAGGUCAGACAAAGCGAAUUUUCCUUAAAAGUUGGAAAGAUAUCAUUAUAUGCUGCUAGUUCAGCCAUUAAGGAAGUGCAGAAAUUGGUGCUUGAUCCUAAACUUGGUGCAGAGAUUGGAUUCGAGGAUCCUAAUCUAACAGCAGCAGUUUCUGACAACUUGGAGAAGGUUUCUAAGCAAAGAGAGAUAAGUUGUGCUUGAAUUAGUGUACAGUAAUUGUAAUUUAGAUAUAGGAAAUUGAUUUUUAGGAGUAGUAUAUGGUGCUUGGUUAAAUUUAAAUGUAUAAAUGUAUUUUAUAUGUAAAAUAUCAUGUAAUGUUAGUUGCUCUGGAUUUCUAGCUGUAUUGAUUGUUUACCUUGUUUUUCAGUCAUUGUGGCAAUUGUAAUGUCAUUGGAGAUAAAUGAAAGAGAAUAGUUCAGCA